AUGCAGAGAAUCGAGAACGCUAUUGAAAAAGCGAUCAAACUACGAUCCCAUGGAAUUUUUAUUAGCGAAACGUUUGAAUUAGCGAGGCGGCAGGCAAAAAGAGCAUUAGAAAAUGGGAUUGCCCCAUUCCCGAUUGCUGUUAAGGAUUGCUUCUUAACUCAGGGUACACCGACGACAUGUGCCUCGCAGAUGCUGGAAACCUACACACCGCCCGUCAGCGCGACCAUAGUUGAUCGAAUUGUGCGAAACGGCGGCUGUAUUAUUGGAAAGACGAAUCUUGACGAGUUCUGCAUGGGUACUUCUUCAGCUCUCGGUCACUUUGGACCGGUGAAAAGUGGACUUGGCGAAUCGAGCAGCGAUGAUUGGACAAGCCCCGGAGGAAGUUCUGGAGGAAGCGCGGUUGCUGUUCAAACCGGAAUCGUCGACAUCGCUCUCGGUUCUGACACGGGUGGUUCGACGAGGAAUCCAGCGGCCUUCAACGGCAUAUUCGGUUUAAAGCCUACCUAUGGGGUCCUCUCUAGGCAAGGCCUCAUCCCACUGGUCAACUCCCUCGACGCCCCUUCGAUUCUAGCGAACAGCGCGGAAGGAUGCUGGAAAGCUCUGGAAAUGAUGAAAGGCCGAGAUUCUGGAGAUUCGACGUCGGUAGACCUACCAAAUAAGGGAAAUAGGAGAAAUUCAUUGGAGGGAUUGCGGAUAGGCGUCCCAAAGGAAUACCACAAUGAGCUACUUUCAAGUGAUUCAUGGCGUGUUUGGAACCAUUCGGUGAAUGUGCUCAAGCGGAAUGGAGCCCAAAUUGUGCAAAUCUCGCUGCCGCACACCAAAUAUUCAUUGGCGUGCUAUAGUGUAAUUGCUGCCGCCGAUGUCGCUUCAAAUAUGGCUCGGUACGACAGUGUCGCGUACGGUCAUCGAUCGUCGCGAGACCAAUCGACGUAUGAGAUGUAUGCGGCAUCAAGAAGCGAGUCAUUGAACACAACGGUUCGCCGAAGGAUUUUUGCCGGCAAUUAUUUUUUGAUGAAACAAAUCCGUCAGAAUUACUAUGAUCGAGCGCUGAAAGUGCGGCGGAUUAUCAACGAUGAGCUCAUCGGCGCGUUUGAAAAGGUCGAUGUGAUUGUGACGCCAUCGGCGUCUGGUACCGCUCCAAAAUUCUCGCAGCUCCAAAACUCGUUGUUCACAAUUGAGGACCAUGACGAUUAUUUUACGCAAUCUGCCAAUCUAGCGGGAAUUCCCGCCAUCUCGAUACCGGCCGGUAAUGGAAGUGUGACGAAACUGCCGAUCGGUGUCCAAUUGUUCGCCAAUCGCCUCGACGACCAAUUGAUUUGUGAUGUUGGCGCCAUAUUGCAUUCAAAAAUUGAAUAA